CGCUAGCCAGUUCCAGCGUCAGGCCUGGGUAUGCAUUUCAAGUGGCACGAGUAACAAAGAGAUACUUAUGAAACUAAUAAAACAAAUUGUGCCUGGAUAUGAAAAAGAUCCUUCAUUGGAAGAAAUGGACAACCGAAGUCUCCAACGUAUGCUUCGCCAGCACCUGCAAGACAAGUCAUAUUUCAUAGUUUUGGACAAUAUUCUGAAAGAAAUGGAAUUGAAAUCCAUCUUGAAAGCUCUUCCAUCUCGAGGCCUUAAUGAAAGCAGGUUGACGUUGCUGUUAACAUCGCGCUUUGUGAUUGGAACAACUAAUGUCAAUUAUACUCAUGAGAUGAAUGCUUUGGAUUCUUAUAAAAGCUGGCAAUUGUUUAUGAAAACAGUUGAUAAAUUUACAGGUGAAGAGAACAAAUUCACAAAGGAGUUGGAGAAGAAGGGCAAAGAGAUGCUGAAAAAAUGUUGGGGUUUGCCAAUGGCUAUAACAGAUGUUGCAAGGCAGAAAGCAAAACAAAGACUUUUGGGGAUUGAAUGGGAAAAACUUUUUGAUUCAAUUGAUUUGAGCGAACCAUUGAAGUUAUUGGAACCCAUGUAUCAUCAAUUGGAAGAACUUAUCAAGCCACAGUUUUUGCAUUUGUCCCUUUUUAAGGAAAAUGCAAUAAUGAGAGAAGAAAAGAUGGAACAGAUUUGGGCUGCAAAUGGAUUAGAUAUUGAAAGAGUUCCAGAGAGAUUGGGUUUAGCUGCAAAUCAAUUUGAUAUUGAAAAAGUUACAUGGGUUUUGGCUGGUGAAUCGAUUCUUGAAGUCGUGAAGCACAACUUUGGGAAAAGAAAGUAUCGCCUCAAUCCUCUAUUACACAUGAUAUCAAGAACAAAAGCAGAAGAGGAAAUAGGCUUUGAGAUCUUAAGGAGCAAUGGAAACAGUAGGCCCUCUCAGAAUGCCCGUCAUCGUGUUAUCCAUUAUGGCAGAGACAAGUUUAAUCCUUUCACAAAUGAAAAUAGCAAACAACUUAUUUCACUUGUCUUCCAUGGAGGUGGUGGCUACUUGGAAGACAAUAGCUUGUCUUAUUGGGAGAGUUGUGAAUUACUCAAAAUACUUGACAUGGAAGAUUUUGGGGUGAAGACUUUAUCCGAAACAAUCGGAGCAUUGAUUGAGUUAAGAUACUUGGGAUUGAGGAACAAUUACAUACAAGAGAUCCCACACUCGUUGGCAGAUCUGAAAAAGCUUGAGUUUCUUGAUAUAGCUCUCAACUUUAUGGUGGAGGUGUCGAAUAUUAUAUGGCAAAUGGGCAACCUUCGCAAUCUCCAUAUGUCUAAUGUGAUUUGCCGGAAGCCUUUAAAAGUAGAUGCGAUGCGGAAUCUGGAGACCCUAACAUACAUCUCGAUAUAUGAUUGGACAUAUAAGGUCUCGAGGUUGAAGACAAUGCAUAAAUUCCAAAAGUUGGGCGUUGAAGAAGUUGAUGAAAACUCGGAUGUAGGACAGCUCUUUGCAUCACUUGCAAUGGUUCCGAACUUUGAUAAUCUUGUCUUAAGAGGGUUUCGUUUUAGAAGCAUGCCGUGUUUGGAUGAAAUUGGUGUUAUAAUAGGACUCACUGUACUAAAACUAGAUGGGCGUAUAGGCAGGCUACCAAGUGCAGAUAAUCUACCUCAAAUGAUUACGUGCAUAACAUUGGUAAAUACUUGUCUGGAUGAAGACCCCAUGCCAAUAUUAGAGAAGCUCAGUUGGCUAUUCAACCUCAAACUGCAAAAUGCAUACACUGGUCAAGAAAUGGUGAUCCAACAAGGCGGAUUUCCCGUACUCGAAGUGCUUUGCAUCAAUGAAUUGUGGAAUCUUAGAAAGAUACAAAUUGAUGAUGAUGCAAUGUCGAGUGUCAUGGAACUAGAAAUCAAUAACUGUCCACACCUGAAGACCCUCCCAACAUGUAUUCGGAGGAUGUCUAAACUGCAAAAGUUUAAGAUGGUUACAACCAAACACAUUGCAACAAAGAUCAGAAAUUCAGGUUUGACCACCAAUAUAUUGGAGGAGGAUAUCCAUCCAUAAUUUGAAGUUGAUAUAUAUCUGAACGAUGCAAGUUAUAGACGGGCAGAGAGAUAGAGACUGAACUCACCGGCUUGGCCAUAUCUUCACCCCGAGGGCCAUCACCCAAGGUCUUACUGGAGGCAGGUGUUGAAGUUUGCCACGAACUUUGACUUUUUGUCAAAAAAAAUUUAUCCCGCAUCGAUGGGUAUUGGAACACUGGGGGGAGUGGCUGCCUAUAAAAGAAGGACUCCUCCCUCAUUUGUAAUACACCUCAAAUAUUGUAUUCCUUCUCAAUUUAAAUAUAAGCGGGCUCUUCUGCAGAGUGUGCUCGGAGACGUAGGCAAUUUGGUCGAA